GAACUAAACCUCCUCUGGAUCGACUCAUACGAGUUUAACGUUCAGUUUCUACCGAGCUUCGUUCGCUCGAGUGUCUAUCCAACGUCAACUUGCUUACUUCCGUUCUUAUCAACCCUCUGAUUAACCAGAGAAUUUAACAGGAUGUCGGAAGAGCAGAAACCGAGCUAUAAGUUAAUUUACUUCAAUUCCCGAGGAAGAGCUGAGCACAUUCGUUACAUUUUUGCACACGCCGGUGUAGAUUACAUCGAUGAACGAGUUCCGAACGAACGUUGGCCAGAAGUCAAGAGAUCAAUGCCGUAUGGAAUGCUGCCGGUGCUAGAGAUUGACGGAAAACCAAUAGCCCAAAGCAAUGCAGUGGCAAGAUUUCUCGCCCGUAAAUACGGACUUGCAGGUCAAAACGAGUGGGAGUCAAUGCUUUGCGAUGUACUCGUUGAUACUCUUGGGGAUCUUAAGUUAGUUAUAUUUCAGUAUAGAACAGAAGAAGAUUUUAUAAAAAAAGAAGAAAAGAAGGUCAAGCUUCUUAAAGAGACAAUACCUUUUUAUCUCAACAAGUUUGAGCAAACAAUUGUUGAAAAUGGCGGAUUCGCCGUUGGUUCAACAACCACAUGGGCCGACUUUGUUUUGGCAGUUGCUCUAGAGAAUUUUGAGCAGAUAUUUGGUGUAGCAGCAUUGGAUAAUUACCCAGGUCUUCGUGGAUUAAAACAACGAGUUCACGAGAUUCCGGAGAUCGUUGAGUGGCUUGCGAAGCGACCACAAACUGACUUUUAAAGUAAACGCUCGUCUGGAGUAUGAGUACAGGAAACUUAACACAACUCAAAUUAACAAGUCAAUAUUCCAAAGAGCCAAGUACUUGUAUUUUAUUUUUAUUUACAUGCAAUGUAUUUGGCUCAAAUAUACCCAUUUAUUUUUAUUAAAUUAAUUAUAUCAUCAAAUAGACGUACAAAUUUCAAUAUAUACGUACUUAUUUAGUAUAAAAAAAUUUAUUUAUUUAACAAGGAGUCGUCAGAUAUUUUCGGCUGAGUUUUUCCUGAAAACAAGAUCUCUAAAUACAAACUGCAGACCGCACAUUGAUGUAUUACUGUUUUGUCUAGCGAAGUGCGCUUUCAUUUUUUGAUAAUAUUCGUUUGUUUAUGAGAAAAACUCGGUCAUAGUUCCUGAUUGCUGUACAAGUGCAAUAAAGAUAAUACCGUUCGUCCUCUUGAAUGUGAGAGAAAAAAAAGUAACAACUCCUGUUAAUUAAAUAAAAUAAAAUGAAAUACGUAAACCUCAGAACUUUGGCUUCGUCAGGGUAAUUUUGACUUCUCUCAAAAGUAUGUUAGGUCUUGAACCGUCUGUUGAUUACGCGUACAAUAAAUUAUUUGUCGUAUCUAAAUAUUAUUUUUCCAGCGGACAAUCCUGUAAAAGAAAAUCAGUUCUGAAAAUGUUGAACAUUUUCGAGCCAAACUCAGGUGUUAAUUUUUUUUUACUCAUUUUUUUCUAGUCAUUUUAAAAUAUUUAAUUUUAUUAUUCAUUAAUUAUUUGAGUUGGGAAUUUUUUAAAUUCUAAUAGUACAAUUUUUCACUUAUUAAUUUCGUUUAUAUAUAUAUUUACUUAUGGAAAAGAUGAAAUUUGAUUAUUGGCACGUAGCCCAAUAGGGACGAUAGCCAAUGAAGAAAAUUUAAUUAUCACUAUUAUAUAUGUAUAUAUCAAUAUAUGUACACAAAAAAAAAGGAUUUGGUGUAAAAAAUUUUUCCCGCCCAAGAAAUUUUUGGUUUCAUUUAAAAAUGCAAAAAAUUUCUUGCGCCAAAAAAAUUUUUUCGUGUACAUAUAUAUUUAUAUAUACUUGGAGUGUAUAUGUUUGAGUGUAUAGAUGUUACUAUUAUUGAUGUUGAAAUGUGUAAACGUUGCAUUGUUGUAAUUUAAUUAAUUGAUUAAUUAAA